AUGUCCUUCAUCCCGCGCCAUGCCUUCCCAGCCGUGCCCUCGCUUCCGCGGUCGUACUUUCUGGGGCACCACAAAUCGGGGCUGCAAAAGAUGAAAUCGCUGCUUGCCAGCAUCGACCUUGUGAUUGAGUGCCGCGACUACCGCGUGCCACUGACGUCGCGGAAUCCGCUGUUCGAGAGCGCCCUGGAGGUCAAGGAGCGGGUCAUUGUGUAUACGAAGCGCGACCUGGGCGGCGGUGUGCGCGACAACAAAAACGAGCACGUUAUUGCCCAAUGGCACCAUCCCACCACAACCAUGUUUGUGAGGAACGGAAAAGACGCAGAGGGAGAGGCCGCCGGCCGGAAGAGUAUAAUGAAGCUCUUGGAUAUCUUGAGAGAGCAUGCGCAGAAGAGGUGGAAGCUGGUUGGUCACCGCGUCAUGGUCGUGGGCAUGCCCAACGUCGGCAAGUCUACGCUUCUGAAUGCCCUGCGCGCACAGGGAAUCGGCAAAGGCAAGGUCGCUGCUACGGGCGCCCAGCCUGGGGUCACGCGGAAAGUCAGCAGUAGCGGUGUCAAGAUUAUCCCCAGCGAGGACGACAUGGAGUCCGCGGAUGCCAGUGCUAGGAGGAAAUUCCAGGGUGUAGGCGGGGGUGUCUACCUUCUCGACACACCGGGAGUCUUCAUCCCGUACGUGCCGCACGCAGAAGCAAUGAUGAAGCUGGCCCUGUGCGGCUCUGUAAAAGACACAAUCAUCGCACCGGUCAUGCUCGCCGAUUACCUGCUCUAUCACCUCAAUCUCCAAUCACCAACCCUCUACUCUGAAUACGCACCACCCACCAACGACAUCAUCGAGCUGCUCUCCGAAGUCGCCAAGAAGACCGGACGCCUAGGAAAAGGCGGAUCUAUAGACACCGAAGCCACGUCGCUCUGGCUGAUCCAGAAAUGGAGAAGCGGCAACAUGGGGCGGUUCCUUCUCGACGAGGUCCACGAGAAGAGUCUCGAGCAGGCCAAGAUAGACGAGGAAGAUAUAUCGCCUAGCUUCAACCAGGCACGGAAAGCGGAGAGGGAGCGGCGUCGUGAGAGGAAUAAGGCUAGAGGAGAAAGAUAA